AUGGCUGAUGAAAGUAUUUUCGAGAAUGAUCAAUUUGCGGCCGCUCGAAUGAGCUAUAUUAUCGAGAGUGCAAUCUAUGCUUUAGCUAUGUUAUUGGGCCUCGCCGUGUGCUUCUAUACAUUACGCAGAUUUAAUUCUAACUAUCGAAGACAUAUUGUUUUGGCAGCAAGAUUAGUGAAAUUUAAGAUAAGCUUAACAGUAGCAGAUCUCAUUGUACUUUAUGUUUAUGCUCCAACACAAAUCAUUUGGAUUAUUACUUAUAAUUGGUAUGGCGGUGAUUUUUUAUGUCGUACAACAAAAUUUAUCAAUACAUUUUCAUUACAUUUAACAGCAAAUAUGCAAGUGCUUAUUGCAGCAGAUCGUUUGUAUAUCACAACACAUUUACGUCAAAUUCAUCAAAAGUCACAUUUUGCAACAAAUCAAAUGAUAGCAUUAGCAUGGAUAUUUGCUAUCGCUUGCGCUCUACCUCAACUCUUUGUUUUUCACGUAUAUAUUUUACCUGAUGAUAAACCACAAUGUGUUUCUGUUUGGACAGUGAUGAGAUUUCGUGAGUAUUUGCAACAAGAAAUGACGCAUGCACAUUAUUUGGAACAUACAGCAGCAAUUGAUUUGAUUACCAUUGGUGAUAAUCUUACAUUCACAAAAAAAUUUAAUAAUAUAAAUGAUACUGAUGAUAGUGAUAUGUUAAAAGUUCUUGAGCAUGAUUUAUUACAUCAUUGGAAUAGAAAUGCUGAAACAACUGGUACUAAUUCUUCUGAUAGAAGUGAUAAAAUAAAUCGAAAACGAAUUUAUCAUAUGUCAAUGCUAACGUUAAAUUUUUUAAAUCGACGAUGUAACGAAACUCUCGCAAUAGAACAAACAAAACAUCGACGAUCUUCCGUUGCAUGGAAAAAUACGGUUGCUUUAGCACGGCGAAAAACUCGACGAAAAGCUUUCCUGAUGCUUACACUAAAUAUGAUAUUCUGGACGCCGUACUGCGUUAUGGGUAUUUUGAGUACCAUUAUGGAAUUCGAUCAUUCCGGUUAUGAUUUCUUGAAUGCUCUUGUUGUCCUCAAUGCUGUCUCUAACUUAUUACUUUAG